CGCGGUAGUACUCUGAGCGGAGGCCGGCGGCGUCCGGGGAGCCAGGGAGUUGAAGGCAGCGGCGGAGUCUGUGGCGGGGGGAUGGCGCGUCUGAUGUCCGGGGCUCCCAGGAAGCCGCGUUCCCGCCGCCCUCGGAUGCAGCUUCUGGGCUUUCACCCCCAAUCCCUCUGUGGUCCCUCGAGAGUAUCCGGGCGCGGGCGGGGACGAGGGUGAGCGCAGAUGGCGACUAUCAAAAAGAAAUAGGAUCAUGGCAGCAGAUGAUGACAAUGGUGAUGGAACAAGUUUAUUUGAUGUCUUUUCUGCUUCUCCUCUUAAAAAUAAUGAUGAAGGUUCUUUGGACAUAUAUGCUGGGUUGGACAGUGCUGUUUCUGACAGUGCUACCAAAUCCUCUGUACCAUCCAGAAAUUGUUUGGAUUUAUAUGAAGAAAUCCUGACUGAAGAAGGAACUGCAAAGGAGGCAACAUAUAAUGAUUUGCAGGUAGAAUAUGGAAAAUGUCAGCUGCAAAUGAAAGAGCUGAUGAAAAAGUUUAAGGAAAUACAGACACAGAAUUUCAGCUUAAAAAAUGAAAACCAGUCUCUUAAGAAAAAUAUCUCAGCACUUAUCAAAACUGCCAGAGUGGAAAUAAACCGCAAAGAUGAAGAAAUAAAUAAUCUUCACCAAAGAUUGUCUGAAUUUCCACAUCUUCGAAAUGCUCAUAAAACUUCAAGGACACCAGAUAUAGUUAAAACAAAAGGUCUUAAAUCCAGAUCUCUCCAUUUGGAUGAUUGUUCAAAGACUGAUCACAGAGUGAAAAGUGAUGUUUCUAAAGAUGUACAUUAUAGCACUUCACUGCCAUACCUCGAAAAGGAAGGAAAAUCACAUUCUGAAAAAAAGGGCACUUCACAUUUGCCUACAUCUGUUGAAAAACACUCCACCAAUGGCAUUUGGUCACGUUCCCAUUAUCAGGUUGGUGAGGGUAGUUCCAAUGAGGAUCACAGAAGAGGAAGGAAAGAUAGUAGACAUAGCCAGUACUGCAGAGGGACUGACAGAAUACGAAAAGACUUGAACACUAGCUGUGGUGAUGGUGAACCGAGGAACAUAGAGGCCAGUCAGAGGCUACAAGGACGUCCUGAGAAAUAUAGUAAAGGUGAACCAAAGGCUGAAAGCAAAAAUUCAAAGUUUAAAAGUAACACAGAUUUGGAUUAUAAAAAUGAACGCAGUAGCUCUUCUUGGGAGAAAGAAAGCUCUAGAGACAGGUCACACACUCGACUAGAAUCUCAAAGUGACAAAAAACUCGAAAGACAAAGUGAAAGAUCACAAAAUAUAAAUAGAAAAGAACUUAAAUCACAAGACAAAGAAGAAAGGAAAGUUGAUCAAAAACCUAAGUCAGUAGUAAAAGACCAGGAUCAUUGGAAAAGAUCUGAACGAGCACUGCUUCCUUAUUCCAAGAAGGAACUAGCAAAAUCUUCUCAUAAUUCAAGUAAAUACCAUCCAGAAGAGAGAAGAGGCCGGGAAGAUUGUAAAAGAGACAGGGCUGUGAGUAAUCAUAGUUUUCAAGAAGGAAGAUGUCCGUCCUCUCUUUCAACCAAUAGAACUCACAAACAUGUUGACUCUAAGGAAGUUGAUGCUGUGCACCAAUGGGAAAAUGCACCUUUAAGGGUAGAAAGGCAUAGAACUGAAGAUAAGCGGAAAAGAGAACAAGAGGGCAAAGAAGAAAAUAAGCAUAUGAGAAAUGAAAAGAGAGUACCUGCAGAACAUCUGCAGAAGACAAACAGAGAGACUAAGAAAACCGCUACAGAUUUAAAGAGACAGAAUGAGCCAAAAAAUGAUAAUGGUGAAGUCUCUAAUAAUGAUGUUUCUGAAGGAGUGGAUGAUAAAGAGCCAGCAGUUAAAGCUGAGAAUGGUUCAAAUGAAACACAAAACAAAGACUUAAAGUUAAGCUUUAUGGAAAAAUUGAACUUAACUCUUUCUCCUGCUAAAAAGCAGCCUGUUUCUCAGGAAAAUCAGCAUAAAAUAACCGAUACUCCCAAAUCUAGUGACAUAUGUGAUUUGGAGUCCUUGGUGCAGGCUAAAACUGUGACAUGUAUUCCCUCUGUCAGUGAACAGAUCACAGAGGAAACCAAAUCAGAGUUAUUGGAACCAAAGGAUGCUCUUACAGCAGCAUCUGAACCCAGGACCAGUGUUUCAGAAAGGAAAAUAGAAGAAGAAAAUAGUUUGUUCAUUAAAUCUGUUGCGGAUACUGUGCAUUGUGAUAUGUCCAUCUGUGGCACAGAGAUUUCCUUCUCAGCAUCUGUGGAAAUGCAACAAACAGAAUCCUUGUUUCCAUCAUCAACAGAAAUGGAACAGACCAUUAAUGGUGCCAGGGCAGCAGUUGCUGUGGUAAUGGACACAGUACAAACAAAUGUUUCUCAAAACUUUGGUUUGGAAUUGGAUACCAAAAGAAAGGAUGACUUAAAUUCUUGUAGUAUUUCCAAAGAUACAGAAAUGAAGGAGCCUUUUUCAACCAAAGUGACCGAAUCCAAUGAAAUCAUUUUGCAGCCUUCAACUGAAGAAGCUGUCAUUUUGCCAACAGUCGUUUCGGAAGAUGGUAAACCAAACCUUGAGCCUUCUCUUGUAGAUGCACCACUGGUUGAGAGUAAGUCUUGUCACUUGGAGCCUUGCUUACCUAAAGAGACUCCAGAAUCUUCACUUCAGCAGACUGAGUUAACGGACCACAGAAUGGAAAUUGGUGAAGCAAACUCAGUAUAUCACGACGAUGAAAACUCGGUUCUGAGCAUUGACCUGAAUCAGCUGAGACCUAUUCCAGAAGCCAUCAGUCCUCUGAAUAGUCCCGUGAGACCUGUAGCAAAAGUUCUUAGACUGGAAAGCCCAUCUCGAGUUCCAUUAUAUAAUAACAGUCAUAAAGAUGUGUUUCCACCAAAUUUAGCUCAUUCUGCCUCCAAGAGUCAGUCUGAUCUCAAUAAGGAAAAUCAAAAGCCAAUUUGCAAAUCUGACAAAUUUACAGAAGCAGACUCCCACAAGAAUUCAUCUUUAGAUGAAUUAGAAGAAGGAGAAAUUAUAAGCGACAGUGAAAAAUCUGAACCACAAAAACGUUUUGACAAAAGUACCAACCCAAGAGCUUCUGCUGAAGUGCAGAACACAAGAACUAACCCAGGAAGUAGGAAAAGCACUGUGCAUUUGGAUAAAGACAAUAGGAAGAUAUCUUCUAUAAAAAUCCAUCAGACCAAAAGCAAAUGGAAUAAAAGACGAACUGAAUCUAGCAGAUCUUCAAAAACAGAGAAGAAAGAUAGGUUAGUGGGCACUUCCAGCCUGGAAAAAAUAGUGCCAAUUAUUGCUGCACCCUCUUCUGUCCGAGAGGUUGUGCACAUGUUACGAAUGAUAAGAAAACAUGUAAGGAAAAAUUACAUGAAAUUCAAGGUAAAAUUUUCAUUAAUACAAUUUCAUAGAAUUAUUGAGUCAGCAAUUUUGAGUUUUACAUCACUAAUUAAACACCUUGACUUAUCCAAAAUCUCUAAGUCAGUGACUACUUUACAGAAGAAUCUCUGUGAUGUUAUAGAAUCCAAACUUAAGCAAGUUAAAAAGAAUGGCAUCGUGGAUCGUUUAUUUGAACAGCAGCUACCAGAUAUGAAAAAAAAAUUGUGGAAAUUUGUAGAUGAACAACUUGAUCACUUGUUUACAACGCUUAAGAAAAUCUUAGCAAAGUUUUGUGACCCCAUAAACAUUGGCAGUGACAGUGACGAAGGAAAACUUGAAAAGAGAAAUAAAGAGAAAGCACAAUAUUCAAAUUGUCAGAAGGGGAAUGUAGGCAGCUCCAGCAAAGAAAUGUUGAAGGAGAAACCCCCCAAAUCAGAAGAUGCUGGUUACUCUAAGUCUUUAGUAGGUUGUAAAAAAUCGGAGGAAAAACAUCAAGAGCAAAAUAAUUCCGGUAUUAACAGAGUAAAGCACAACAUUAAAAAAAGUACUAACACUUGCUUUGGUAAUAUUAAGAACCCUCAAUUUGAAGAGGCGUCCUUGGAACCAAACUGCCCGAAGGCAGGAAAAAUGGAAGGCAGUACCAUAGAGGACUCACAGGCAUCCCAGCACGCUGCUUUGAAGCCAGAACGCAGUUUUGAGAUUCUUACUGAGCAGCAAGCAUCUAGCCUUACUUUUAAUUUAGUGAGUGAUGCACAGAUGGGAGAAAUAUUUAAAAGUUUGUUGCAAGGUUCUGAUCUUUUGGACAACAGUGUUAACUGUAACGAAAAAAGUGAGUGGGAGUUAAAGACACCAGCGAAACAGAUGCUAGAGACUCUUAAAUGUGAAUCUCUACCAGUUUGUACAACGGAAGAGCUCGUUUCAGGGGUGGUUUCUCCCUGUCCUAAGGUGAUUAGUGAUGAUAAUUGGUCAUUAUUGUCAUCUGAGAAAGGUCCGUCUCUGUCUUCAGGGCUUUCAUUGCCAGUUCAUCCUGAUGUGUUGGAUGAAAGUUGUAUGUUUGAAGUGUCCACUAACGUAUCUUUAAGUAAAGAUAAUGUAUGUAGUUCAGAAAAGAGUAAGCCCUGUGUUUCCUCCAUACUUCUUGAAGAUCUAGCAGUCUCUUUAACAGUACCAUCACCUCUGAAGUCAGAUGGUCAUCUCAGUUUCUUAAAGUCAGAUGUUUCGUCUAAUUCAACGCCCGAAGAAGUUAUUAGUGCCCAUUUUAGUGAAGAUGCCUUACUUGAGGAAGAGGAUGCAUCUGAACAGGACAUUCAUUUAGCCCUGGAGUCUGAUAAUUCAAGCAGUAAAUCAAGUUGUUCUUCAUCAUGGACAAGCCGGUCUAUUGCUCCAGGCUUUCAGUACCACCCUAAUCUACCCAUGCACGCUGUCAUAAUGGAAAAGUCCAAUGAUCAUUUCAUUGUGAAAAUACGCCGUGCGGCACCAUCUACCUCCCCUAGUCAUAAACAGAAUAUGGUGGCUGAUGAAUCUUUGCCAAGAGUGGAAAAGGAAGCUGAUGAAACAGUGGAGAAAAAAUAUAUUUCAUGUCAGUACAGAGUUUUUAAAUCUGUGGAGGAAUUGAAAAUUUCCAGUAAAAAUGUUGAUAGCAGUAAAUCAGUUCAUGAAGAACAGGACUGUAUGAUACAAACAGAGGUUCCCGAUAUAUAUGAAUUUCUUAAAGAUGCUUCAGGUAAAGUGGUUCAUAGUACUGAAGUAGUUGAAGAAUGUUUCAAGUUGCAUCAAGUAUGGGAGCCAAAAGUACCUGAAAGCGUUGAAGAAUUGCCUCCAAUGGAAGAAAUUCCACAUUCUGUCGAGGAUCAUCUUCCAAACGCAUAUAUAGACCUCACAAAAGAUCCAGUCACCGAGACCAAAAAGUUGGGGGAAUUCGUAGAAGUAACAGUUUUAAAUAUUGAGCAGUUGGGAUGUUCUGGAAGCAGUGUGGAUCAAAAUGCUCCAGUAUUAGACAAUAUGCAGCCUGAUACUGUAGAUGCUUUUAUUGAUUUGACACAAGAUGUUUCAAGUGACAGUAAAAAUGAAGGUAACUGUCCUGCUGUAGCUGUUGAAGACUUGGGGUGUCAGGUGAUAUGUGUAGAUGAAGAUAACUCAAAGGAAGAAAAGGUGCAAGUGGCAAACAGGCCUUUGGAAUGCAUUAUUGAGGAAGCCUGUAUCGAUUUAACCUCGGCAUUUCCCAGUUCGGGUGAAGUGAAAAAGGUUGAUUUAAAAUCAGAGUUGGCAUCAAAUUCUGGUAGUUCAGAGUUGCCUGGGGCUUUGGAUAAUGCUCACAAAAAGAGGAAAAAUCUUUCUGAUCUAAAUCCUUCUCAGAAAAAACAGAGAAAGGAAGCAGACCUAACCGGCAGGGAAAAGACCAAGAAAAUUACCCAAGAUUCUGGUGAGAAUGGUGAUGCUCACCGAAAGAAAGCCAGUAAGAAAAAGGCCCCUGUAGUAACUAAAGAUCCCUCGUCAUUAAAGGAAAGCCCAGGGACUAAGGAUGCCUCAGCAGCAUUUGCCACUUCUCUUACAAGCCUUUCUGCAAAGAAUGUUAUUAAAAAGAAGGGAGAAAUUAUAGUUUCGUGGACAAGAAAUGAUGACCGGGAAAUUUUAUUGGAGUGUCAGAAAAAAGGGCCAUCGUUGAAAACAUUUUCUCAGUUAGCUGCCAAGUUGAAUAAAAAUCCAUAUCAGGUAACUACCCCAGUUUUACAUCUCUAUAGUUUCACAGAUGUUACUACUCCAAAUAUUUAGAUUUGAUUUUUAAUGUGUUUAAAAUAUAUAGCUAUUUGUUAGCCAACUUCUUUAAAAGUAUGGCUCUUUGGAGAAUUCCCCAGUGUUCCAGUAGUUAGGACUCCAUGCUUUCACUGCUGAGAGCACGGGUUCAGUCCCUGGUCGGGGAACUAAGAUCCCACAAGCUGCGUGGUGCAGCCAAAAAAAAAAAGACUGUUAAAAACUUGGUGAUCGUGGAAGAAGUCUGAAACAAUCCGAAUUCUUUAUUCCGUUGUUUUGCCAUUUACUUAUUUGAUCUUGAGCAAUUUUGUAAUGAUAUUUGCCUGUUUAAGAAAGUUUGAUAUUGAAAAGUUAAACUAGCAAUUACCUUUAUUAUGAAGAUAUUUUGUUUUUCUAACUAUUACUUUACCUUUAUAAUUAAGGGUAACUUACUCUGUCUUUAAAUGGUUUGUGAAAAUAUUCAUCAAAGAUAAAAAAUAUAUAUUGAGAUAUUUAUAAUUAACCCUCAUUUAAAAUUUUUCAGGUCUCAGAAAGAUUCCAGCAGCUAAUGAAGCUCUUUGAAAAGUCAAAAUGCAGGUAGUUAAUGGUUACACUACAGUAGGCUAGUAAAGUAAAUGUUUGACACUGUACCUGUGCAGUUAAUGGCCUGUUAGUCAUUGAAGAUGUGAGUGGUGGGUCAGCGACAUCCAGCUGAGUUCCUGUUUCAGUCACAGGUUGGAGAAUGGUUGCUCGUGCAGGCUUCUAAGGCACCUCGUCCACAGGGACGUGGUCAGUGAAACCUGCUGCAGUGCAGAUCAGCAUCUCUCCUUAGCCUUCUGAGUGUUGAUGAGUCUAAAGUGGGGGGAAAUCCAUUUGAUGAUUGAUGAUAAAUUUUUAUCGAUGAAGAAAAACAAAACAUUCUUGAGGGAAUUCCCUGGUGGCCCAGCGGUUAGGACUCUGUGUUUCCACUGCCAGGGGCCUGGGUUCUGUCCCUGGUCGGGGAACUAAGAUCUUGUGUGCCGCAUGGCUCAGCCAAAAAAAGAAAAAAAAGGCAAGAAAACAUUCUUGAAUAGCAUUAUAUUUCAUAGCCAGUGAAAUCUGUGCAGUCGUAAUUUAACAUAUUUUACAUUUUUAAUUAGGAGUGCUAAAAUACAAAACAUACAUUUAUAAACAUGAAGUCCAUUGUCAUCUGAAGAGGUGACAUGAUUUACCAUGUUACAUUAUUAAUAAUGUUCACAGACAUGUUUCUUUAAGCCAUUCUUAUACGGGUUUAUUAAGGCAAUAAUGUUUAUCAGGUAUUUCCUAUAAGACCUGAGCCAAUUGCUUAAAUAUUUUGGACUUUUAUGUAAGGAAGAUUGUAAAGAUAUUUAACAUAUCACUAUUUUUCAGUUGAUUUGUAGUCAUAAUUAUUUGAAUCCAGAAUGCCCAACUUUAAAUAAAACUAACUCUGAAGAACCAUAUUUGGACAUUGAUCUCAUUGUGAAGGGUUCUGAAUACUUCUGAGUUAUAAAAAUCUGUUUCUAAACCCAGUGUAAAUUACUGUCUUUAGAUAAUCUGUUAAUUUCAGUAUCCUCUCAAAGCAACUAGUUUGUUAAUGAAAUCUUCAAAAGAUAUUUAGUAGUGUAUUCUGACAUUAAAAUUCUGUUUAUAUAAUUCAGAAUGUAAGAUUGCAUAAUGAGGAAUUUGAAGAAAAAGCUGAUUCUAAAGAACCUUUAAAAAAUAGUUUGAUGCAAAAAUGGCCUGUUUUUUUUUCAGAUUCACUAUGCUGUAAAUUUUUCACUGCCUUUAGAAAAUUAAACUGAGGUUUUUUUUGUUUUAUUUGAACGUUAUCUUAAAAUAUGACUUCCAUUCUCUUGUUGAAGAUAAUGUUCCCUUCAUGAACGAACUAACUUGUAUCUGGAAAUGACGCUUAUUAGUUUGAAAUUCCCAAAUUCCAUUACAAAUCUACAAUCUUUUAAUGGAUUUGGUACUUGAGAUUUUAUUUGCUUGCAUGAUAGCACAAAUAGUGAGUUAUUUCAUUCCUAGUUUGUUUUUUCUAAAUUUUAUUUUAUUUAUUUAUUUUUUAUACAGCAGGUUCUUAUUAUCUGUUUUAUACAUAUUAGUGUAUAUAUGUCAAUCCCAAUCCCUAGUUUGUUUCUUAACUGAUUUUUUUUUCCUUCAGGUACUAUAGUCUCAUUACAUUCUUAUCAAAAUCAGAGUGUAAGGAUAAAGUUACCAAACUGAGUCUAUAAAAAGCUAGUUCUUUAACCACCAAUAUUUAUUAUCUAAGAGAACUCAUUUAAAAGAACAACACUUUAUGAGAUGGUCAUAUCAGAAAAAUAGAAUCAUAACUUUAGCAUUUUCUUACAUUACAGAUAAGUUGCUGAAUUCCUUGGAGUCUUAAUUGAUAUUGCAAACUACACAGAAGCUUGGAAUUCUUCAUGUUUUUAAUGGGGAAGGAGAGGGCAGUUUUAUGACAUUUGAUUACCAGAUAAUAAUCUGCAUUUGUCAUAACUUGCUGACUCUUAAUCUCAAGCCAGCAUGUUCACCUUGUUCCUGACAUCAGUCUGAUUUGCUUAUCUGUUAUUGGUCAUGAUAUUUAUUUUUAAACAGGUUAGAACUUGUUAUUAAGAUAAAAGCAACAACAAAACAGUAUUGAAACCUUAGUUUUGAUAUUUCAAAGAAAUGACUUUCUUUCUAGAUUUUUAAAAAUAGUUUUGUAGAAUUUUAAGCUUAACCAUUAUUUAGUUCGUUUCAUCCAUUUUUAUUUGCUUUUCUAUUUGCCUGUCCUCAAUUUGGUAAAUUGUAAAAUAAUUUAAAUAGUGUAUCUGUAAAUAUGUAUAAUUAUAAUGAUGUAAAAUACUUUGUGUUUGUGUGUGUAUGUUUGGGUGUAUACACACACAUAAAUGGCUGUACCUAGCCAAGGACUUUUCUAUUUGUAUAAAACUUUUUAUAUAAAGUUUGCUUUCUUUACCAGUAAUGUAUAAAUAAAACCAUGUAAAGUUCUGUUA